AUGCGCGUGGUGUUGGCGGCGCUGACGGCGCUGGCUGCGCGCGCGCUGGCCGGCCCGCACGAGCACCGCGCACGGCACCACGCUCCAGAACACCCCAUCCACUUCCCGGCCCCCGCGCCCCCUCAACCCUACCGCGGCCAUGGAGAAGCCGUCCGGUACAACCCUGAACUCGACACAAUACUACCCCGCCUUGAUGAGCAAGAAACCUCAUCAAAACGCGCCAAAUUCGAAGAUGCUGAAACAUCGUCAAAAUAUGACGAAAAAUUCUAUUCUAACCAUGAACGAACCGAAGACGAGGAACCCAUGGCAGACGAACCACGACUAGGACCUGAUGAUGAUGACCCUUUGAUUGUUCGCACAAGAAAAGGCAGAGUGAGAGGAAUAACCCUCACUGCUGCCACGGGUAAGAAAGUUGAUGCGUGGUUUGGAAUCCCUUAUGCUCAGAAACCUGUUGGUGAUUUGAGAUUUAGGCAUCCGAGACCAGUUGAAAGUUGGGGCGAUGAGAUAUUAAAUACGACGACACUGCCCCAUUCGUGCGUCCAAAUUAUUGAUACAGUAUUUGGUGACUUCCCAGGAGCUAUGAUGUGGAAUCCUAAUACAGAUAUGCAAGAAGACUGUCUGUAUAUUGAUAUAGUGUCGCCAAGGCCAAGACCUAAAAAUGCAGCCGUAAUGCUCUGGGUAUUUGGGGGAGGGUUUUACUCCGGUACCGCAACGCUAGAUGUCUAUGACCCAAAAAUACUUGUUUCUGAAGAAAACGUCGUUUACGUUUCCAUGCAGUAUAGAGUGGCGUCACUUGGAUUUCUAUUUUUCGAUACACCCGAUGUUCCUGGAAAUGCUGGACUGUUUGACCAAAUAAUGGCUUUACAAUGGGUCAAAGAUAAUAUAGGUUACUUUGGCGGAAAUCCACAUAACGUUACCCUAUUUGGAGAAUCAGCAGGUGCUGUGUCGGUUUCUUUACAUUUACUUUCGCCUUUAUCAAGAAACCUAUUUUCUCAGGCUAUAAUGCAGUCAGGUGCUGCCACAGCCCCCUGGGCUAUUAUUUCUAGAGAAGAAAGCAUUCUGCGAGGAAUUCGUUUAGCAGAGUCUGUUCAAUGUCCAUUUUCGAGAACUGAUAUGGGACCUAUGAUUGAAUGUUUAAGAAAGAAAAGUGCAGUUGAACUUGUUAACAAUGAGUGGGGUACAUUGGGUAUUUGCGAAUUUCCAUUUGUGCCCAUAAUUGACGGUUCGUUCCUAGAUGAGAUGCCUAAACGAUCACUUAUUCAUCAGAACUUUAAGAAGACUAAUCUCCUGAUGGGCUCUAAUACUGACGAAGGGUAUUACUUCAUUUUAUACUAUUUGACGGAGUUGUUCCCUAAAGAAGAGAAUGUAGGUAUAACUCGCGAACAAUUCAUUCAAGCCGUGAAGGAACUGAAUCCUUAUGUUGAUGACAUUGGAAGGCAAGCUAUAACGUUUGAAUAUACUGACUGGUUGAACCCUGAUGACCCAAUAAAAAAUAGAAAUGCCCUAGACAAAAUGGUAGGUGAUUAUCAUUUCACUUGUGGCGUGAAUGAGUUUGCUGACAGGUACGCAGAAACUGGGAAUAACGUUUAUACAUAUUACUACAAGCAUCGUAGUAAGAACAACCCAUGGCCUUCUUGGACAGGCGUGAUGCAUGCAGACGAAAUAAAUUACGUUUUCGGAGAGCCUCUGAAUCCUGGAAAGAAUUACUCGCCUGAAGAAGUGGAAUUUAGCAGACGGAUCAUGAGAUAUUGGGCGAAUUUCGCAAGAACAGGGAAUCCUUCCCUUAACCCUAACGGCGAGAUGACAAAGGUCCAUUGGCCUCUCCACACGACCAUCGGGCGGGAAUACCUGACUCUUGCAGUCAACUCUAGCUCGAUAGGACAUGGGCUGCGAGUGAAGCAAUGCGCAUUCUGGCAAAAGUACUUGCCACAACUCAUGGCUGCCGCAAACAAGCCGCAACCGCCAGCAAACUGCACCAGCAGCGCGCCUUCAUCCAGCCACAUCCCGUACGACAUUCUCGGGAUUUCCUUGAUCACCUCUUACGGUUUCACGCAAACCUUGUUCAAUCACGUAUAAAUCUAUAUUGUAACUGUAAUGAUCAGAAUUCGUUUGGGUAGUUUUAUUGCUUGUAAUGAUAUGGUAAUCGCAUACAAAUAAACAUGAUAUAUGUAGGACUAAUAAUAGUGUUUGUGUCAUAAAUUUUACAAACUAAGUGAAUUCUCUUAUUAUUAAGCUCAGUUUUAAUGAUCUUAAAAUUAUUUUACAUGAAUAAGGCACUAUUGAGUCAUAAAAUAUAAUAUCUAUCUGUAUAGAUUGUUUGAUCAUAUAAGGAAAAAGCGUAAGUUUAAGAGUAAAAUCCAUAUCAUUACAAAGUGAGAGCUACCCAAGCCGACCGAAUUCUAGUUUAUGAGCCUUCAGAUCAUCUGAUUUAGUUCUAUUCGCUUCGUAAGUCCAACGUCUCGAAUUUUGUAUUAUAUUAUAAAUAAUGUGUGUAUAUGUUGCUGUCUUAUGAAUCUCUGGGAUAUUUUAUUGAUUGACUUAUUUUUGUAAUGAUGUAAUUAUAGAAACUAUAUUUUUAUUGUAAGCCAUCUCUAGAGUUAUAUUGCGCUAUACAGAUCUUUCAAUGGUGUCUUUUGUGACCAAGGUAAAGAAGAUUUAUCUGAUGGUUAUUAAAUAUGCCACUGAAAUAUCGGUUUUAUGUCCAUUAAAUAUUUGUCUAGAUCGCCAUUAAGUUCAAUAACGUAUAAGUGAUGUAAAACUAUUGUUUAUGAAUUAAUGUUAUAAUCUAUUUUAAAAGGAGUGAUGUCUCCAUCAACAUAUCACUUGUUAAUAACAAAUUAUAGAAUUACGUAGUAGUCGUAAUUUUGUCAUAGAAAAUAAAAUCUCUACAUAUCUUUCAGAGAUUAGGAAUAAUGUGGAAAUUUCUGCCAGGAAAGAAUUGAAUGUGUGAGUUUAAGUCUUCGUAAAAAGAAAACUUGAAUGAAGAUCUAGAACUUCUUAGAUAUGUAUGACGAAAUUUAGUGUGGCGAAUAAGGAAAACGGAAUGUUAGCUUUAACGCCUCUACUGCAAUACAUAUCACGCAAGGCAUAGAGUAUCUAAGUUCAAUCUAGCCUUAGGGUAAGUUAAGUGAAUAAGCUAGAUCAUUUCACAACUCAGUAGCGGACCAAUAUUAGAAAGUUGUACGUGUAAUAAUGGUUCGUGUAUUUGGCACAGAAAAAGUUGAAAAGAGACAAUGAAAGUUAUAGCGAUGUGAACAAAAUUGAAACAAAUAAUGUGCCUAGUGAUAUUGAAAACGAAAAGGGAAAUAACAAUAAAGUUAUUGAUGUUAUUGGAUACAAACAAUCAAAGAAUCAACUAGUAUAUAAAAAGUGUGGUAUGAGAUGUACAGUCGAUAGUAUAUCUACUGAAUGUGUUAGAACUUACAAAAUUAGUACCUUAAAGAUUAGGGUCGAUACAUCUAGUUUAGAGAGCGUAGUGCCGGUUCAGCUUUCAAAUAUUGGUAUAAACUAUUUAAUAGAUGAAUCUUUACAAUUCAAGAUUUAAGAGAUAAAAAUAUUAGUACAAUAUUGUAAGUUUAAAGUAAUCUUGCAAGCUGCGUCAUAGAUAAAAAAAAUAUUCCAUUGUUGUAAAUAUUGUAUUGGGUGUUAGACUACGUAGAAGCUCGUAUUUUCGUUGUUUUAUUUCUAAACAACUCUUGCGAGUAGCUCCCAGCUGCUCUAUCUGUUGUGAAAGACGAUACAUGUGAAAUAAGCGCUAAUUGUAUUGUAGA